AUGAAGGACUGGCAGUUUGGCACCGACGCUGCCAUGCCAGUGACUGCCUUCAUCCCCAUGGCAGAGCACAGUCAGGAGAGGGAUUCCAUCCUGCUCACCUUCCUGCCUCCCCUUACAGCCUCCAGCACCAGCUCAGCUCUUGCUGGCCUCAGCACCACCAGCCAGCAGGGACUGCAGCCACCCCGAGGCUCCACAAUACCAGAGAGCAGCAGCUCUGGCACCACCAGCCAGGCACCAUCGGGGCCAGCUCACAGUUCCAGCGUGCCUGAGAGCAGUGGCCUGUCCAGCCAGCGCAGGCCAGAACGGAGGAGACCUUGCUGGCCAUUUCACCGCAAUGCUGCACAUGGCUACAACCUCAGGUGCAGACAGGGACAGCGGGCCCGGACAAGAAGCCGCUCUCCGUUGCGGCAUCGGGCCCCAGAAUCUCCGAGCCAGCCCCAGAGACACCUUGGGAGCAGGCAGACACCAAGCCCAGGUGCUCAGAGCUGCACCCGCAGCUACACCAUUCCGGCAGCACCGGGGGCCUCCAGGGCUUCCAGAACAGCUGAUGGAAGCCCAUCCAGUCAUCCAGGGCGAGCCCGGACUCGAAGCCGCUCGCCUCUCCAUCGUCGGGCUGUCGAGACCAACAACCAGCCCCGAGGACGCCGCAGGAGCCGGUCCAGGCGGCGAGGGCCAGCCCAGGGGCGGAGCCGCUCCCGGGUACCACGCCGGGCCCAGCGUGUCACCAGCCGGCUCUACUGAUGCCAUAGGAGCGGCCGUGAACAAGCUCCACAGCCUAACCAAUGUCAUCCGAGGCCUAUACAACAUCAUCUGAAUCCUAAACAAUGUCAUCUGAGGCCUAUCCAACAUCAUCUGAAUCAUACCCCAUGUCAUCUGA